AUGAGGCCAAUACGUCUUGCUGCAGCGAGGGCUGCCCGUCUGCCUCUGCGCCGACCAUCACAGACGACACGCUCCGGCUGGGUCUGCCCGUCUUGUCACCACGGCCAGACACGCCGGAGCAGCAGUGGUAGCAGUGCCAGCGGCAGCAGUGCCCAUGUGAAGCCCUUCUACGUGACGUCGCCCAUCUUCUACGUCAAUGCUUCCCCCCAUGUCGGCCACAUGUACACCAUGAUCCUCGCCGACAGCCUCAAGCGCUGGCAGACGCUGCGCGGCCGCGACGCCCUCUACUGCACGGGCACCGACGAGCACGGCAUGAAGGUGCAGCGCGCCGCCGCCAAGCAGGGCAUCCCGCCCAAGGCCUUCUGCGACAACAAUGCCGACAAGUUCCGCCAGCUCGCCGCCGCCUGCGGCCUCGACAACGACUUUUUCGUGCGCACCACCGACGCCGACCACGUGGAUGCCGUGCAGCACUUCUGGCACCUGCUGCGCGCGGGCGGCCACGUGUACGAGUCGACGCACAGCGGCUGGUACUGCGUCAGCGACGAGUGCUUCUACGCCGAGGACGAGGUCGAGCGCGCCAUCGUGCCGCAGACGGGCCGCACCAUCAUGGCCUCGAUCGCCACGGGCAGCGAGGUCGAGUGGACCGAGGAGAAGAACUACCACUUCCGCAUGAAGGCCAUGCGCGACAGGCUGCUGCAGUUUUACGACGACAACCCCGACUGGAUCGUGCCGCGCGCCCGCAUGAACGAGGUCGUCAGCUGGGUGCGCCACAACCUCGAGGACCUGUCCAUCUCGCGGCCCGUGAGCCGCCUCGACUGGGGCAUCCGCGUGCCCGACGACCCGUCGCAGACCAUCUACGUCUGGGUCGACGCCCUCAUCAACUACCUCACCAAGGCCGGCUUCCCCGCCUGGGCCCCGGGCGACGAGCACAGCGGCGGCUGGCCCGCCGACGUGCACGUCAUCGGCAAGGACAUUGUGCGCUUCCACGGCGUCUACUGGCCGGCCCUGCUGCUCGCCGUCGGCCUGCCGCCGCCGAAACAGCUGCUGAGCCACGCCCACUGGACCCUCGGCAAGAAGAAGAUGAGCAAGUCGGUCGGCAACGUCGUCAACCCGUUCCAGGCCAUCGAGCGCUGGGACCUCGACACGAUGCGCUACUUCAUGCUGCGCGACGGCGGCCUCGAGAACGACGCCGACUACGAGAACCGCUUCAUCUUUGCGCGCUACGAAAAGGACCUGCAGUGGACGCUCGGCAACGCGCUGAGCCGCAUCACGCGGAGCACCAAGUGGAACGUCGCCGACGCCGUCCGCUGGGCGCGGGACCACCACCAGGCGGCGGCGGCGCACGGGGCCGACGUCGAGGUCGAGGUCGAGGCGUCUGCCGACGCGCCGCAGAGCCGACAGCGCCGCCUCGCAGCCCUCGUCGACGAGACGCCCAGGGUCAUGGCCGCCGCCAUGGAGACGGACCUCAACCCGAGCGCGGCCAUCAAGGCGGCCAUGACGCUGCUCAUCGAGGCCAACAAGUUCAUCGCCGACAGCGCGCCGUGGGACAGAACAAAGGUGCCCUCCGACGCGGCGCGGAACGCGAUUGUGUUCCACGCCGCCGAGGCGCUGCGCGUCGCCGGCGUCCUGCUGCAGCCGUUCAUGCCCGGCAAGAUGGGCGAGAUGCUGGACAUCCUCGGCGUGCAGCCCGCGCGGCGGACCUUUGCCCAUGCGACGUUUGGCGGCGACGUCGAGUACGGGGCGCGCAAGGAAGCGGCGGCGCUGCCGAGGGGCAAGUGGACGGGCCUCUUCCCGCCGGCCGUGGCGACUGAUUAG